GAUCUGCUGAACGCUGAGGCCGAAUUCCGUGCCUUAAAUGAUAUUGUGAGGUCCAUGGAGGAGUCCGUGGCAAAAUGCCUGCUUAAACAAGAGAAUCUCUUGGCAAAAGACAAACUGUUGGAGAAGAAAUUUAAGCUUGAAUUCAGGCAAAACACACCGAAGACACAAGUGGAGCAACUGUUCAAAUUGUUCAAAAAACGGCCAAAAUUAUUAGAGACAGCCACAGCCCCGACGGCAGUCAUCAUGCAACUAGCUCAAUGCGUAGUCCAUCGAAAUUUAAACACUUUCUUACCCCCCGAAUGUGUUGAGUACCUUCGGAUCCUGGAACAGUAUGAUAGCUACAACUUUGCAUCCCAUCUGGUCAAUGAGUCAAAAUGGGAGUGUUUUUGCGAGCUGCGCAGACAAAAAAUCAAAUCGGAACUCAAGAUAAAAGCUAUUUGUGUCGAGCUGGCCGAGGCGGAAUCCUCAGUUAACAUGUUUUCGCAAAGCAUAAAACCAGCAAAGGAAAAAAUCGGUCAAAUAGCAAAUCAGCUGGAACGGCAGUCAAGUGAACGCACUCAUUUCCAGCAAAAUAUUCAGUUGCAGAUUGUUUUGAAGCAAGCAAUUUUGGAAGUUCCAAUUUCCGGGCAGAUUUCGGAUUUUGAUAAUACUAUUUUACUCACACGAAACUCUAUCAAACAACUCAACAGAGUUCUUCAUAAAGCAGGUGCAAAGAAAAUAGCAGCUCUCGAAAGAAUGAUAAAAUUCAACGGCCAAAUAGUAAAUCUCCAAUGGGAAUACGAUAAAUUGACGAACCGCAUUGAAAAUCUAGAGAAGCGGCUCCAAUACUUGGAAAAAUUUAAAGUCACCAAAGAAAUCUUCGAGAAUCUUCAAAAAUUCUCGGGUGGAAUGGACCCGCGUGAAAAGGAAGGAAUCGAUAUGGAUGCCAAAGCAAUGGCUUUACGAGAGUCCCUGAGAAAGAAAAUGCGGCUCGUUAUAGAGGAAACGGACCGAACCGAAAGAAGGAUCAAUCGGAUAAAAGAUGAUAACAAAAGAAUGGAAGAGAGAAUGAAAGAUAUUUCCAAAAAAAUAACCCAGCUGAAGCAAAGGAGGGAUUUCAAAUUUGAAGAGACACUAAAUGACGUCACAAGGCACAGAUUGCUGCUGAUAUCCCGCCGAGGCACUCUCCUGACAGAAAUUCAGCAACUUGACGCUAACGUAUCGACGCUGCAGUCUAAGCUCGAGUUACUGCGGAUGAAGACAUAUCCUACCCUAAAGGCCAGCCCAAUAACUUAAAAGUAUCCAAGGCCCGAAGAGAUCGGAAAUAUUUGUACAACAGAAUUUAAAGAUGAAAUCGCCCCGAAGUUCAUACAUGUUUUUUCCAUUGAGAGCGAUAACUGUAGCGGUGGGAGAAAAUCGCGUUCUCAGAAUUUAAAGAUAGCAAACAAUUUGAUGUAACAAACGUGCAUACAUAAGAAAAGCGUAGAUAUUAAUAAAACAUGUCUCCUUGUCGAUGUUUUUAUAUGUAAAUAAAUUAUCUAUCCAUUUCACACA